GAGGACGGAAGAGCGAGCGCUCGAGCUAGGCCGGGGGUUUCUGCGCGCGGGCGCGCUAGUGGCGGGGCCGCCAUGGCGCUGUCUGAGAGCCAGCUGAAGAAGAUGCUCGGCAAGUAUAAGUACAGAGACCUAACAGUGCAGGAGACCAUCAGUGUUAUUACCCAGUACAAAGACCUCAAACCUGUAAUGGAUGCAUAUGUUUUUAACGAUGGGUCAUCUCGGGAGUUGAUGAGCCUCUCUGGAACCAUUCCUGUGCCUUAUAGAGGUAACACAUACAAUAUCCCAAUAUGCCUGUGGCUGCUGGACACAUACCCUUUCAAUCCUCCAAUCUGUUUUGUUAAACCCACUAGUUCAAUGACAAUUAAAACUGGAAAGCAUGUUGAUGCAAAUGGAAAGAUAUACCUUCCUUAUCUACAUGAGUGGAAACAUCCCCAGUCAGAUUUGUUAGAAUUGAUUCAAGUUAUGAUUGUGGUAUUCGGAGAGGAACCUCCUGUCUUUUCCCGGCCUACCAUUUCGGCAUCCUAUCCACCAUACCAGCCGACAGGACCACCAAAUGCUUCCUACAUGCCAGGCAUGCCAAGUGGAAUCUCUCCCUAUCCACCAGGACACCCUCCUAAUCCAAGUGGCUACCCAAGCUACCCUUAUCCCUCUGGCGUUCCGUUUCCAGCAACAACAAGUGCUCAGCAUUACCCUUCUCAGCCACCUGUGACUGCUGUUGCAGAUACUAGAAGAAAGCAGAAGCAGGUAUGGAUUUGUGGUCAUUCAUAUGUUUUAUGGGCAGAAAAACGGGCACUCUCAAGAAGCUUUGGUCCGCAGCUGGGUAUUCGAGUGGAGGAUGCCAAAUUGCACUGGAUAGGAAAGAGUGGAAUGAUGUGGGAUCAGUUAAUACCCAUGCUGUUGCAUGCCCGACGACAUCUGCCAGAUCCUGAGAUACUGGUGAUACACCUAGGAGGAAAUGACCUGGGAACAACAAAACUUAUGAAUCUUAUAAUCAGAAUAAAGAAGGAUUUAGGAUUUAUCAGGCACGUGUUCAAGAAUGUCAUUUUGGUCUGGUCAACCAUUGUGCCCCGAAAAGCCUGGUGGAACCAAGAUGAGGCCUGUAAACUCGUGGAUGAGAACCGGAAAAAAGUCAAUAGUCAAAUUAGCAACUUUAUGAAGUCUAUUGGAGGAUUUGUGAUCAGACAUGAUUCCCUUGUGCCAGAGUCUCCAGGUUUAUUCCAUCUAAAUGGUGUCCUCUUAUCUGAAAGUGGUACUGAUGUCUUCAACCUGGAUUUACUGAGUGUUCUGGAGAACUUGAUUUGACUGUGAUUUAACUUUGGAGGUAGAAUGACAUUACUGUUUGACAAGUAGGAAGCUUGCCAGGGGCAAGGGAUAUUCAGGAUAUAAGGGAAUAUUUUGGCAGGGAUUGGAGGUACUAUCUUCCUUAUGAGGCAGCAGUGUUGGUUGGUGAAUACAUUUUGAAGAGCUAUUAUGUUUUUUAUGGCUCAUCUAGUGGAACUUUUUCUUCCCAGCCUUACAAUGAGAUGUCAUUCCCAGACAGUAAGCCUUGUUGUCCUACAGCCUUGCUUGAUUGACAUAUGCAGUUUGUUGAAAGAGACACUGGCAAAUAGUUUUAAUGCCUUAUUUUUCAUAUCCUAUAUUUUUGUGUGAAACCACACUGUAGUAAGUGGCUUUGUGAUCUGACAAAAUAAGAAUAACUUUAAGUAUUUAAUUACUAGAGAGAACACUAAUACUGAGCACAAAGAAAUAGAAUUAGUAUUUGCUAUUGUAGCAGGCAUCUUAAGUAAUAUAUAAAACUGAAAGGGAAUCAGGGUUGGUGUGGGAGAUAGGAUGCUGUGAGUUGAGAUUUUUAGCUUCUGUUCUGAGCUUUGCUAUUGAUUUAUUAUGGAAAUAAGUCACUUAUGUGAAUAGAAGCAAAGAGAAGUUCUAUUAAAUGAGAUACAACUUCUUGGGUGGAUGUGAUGAGGUUUAUUUAUAAAGCACUUAAACUGUUCAUGUAAAAGUUACUGUACAGUUCAAUAUUUUUAUUGUGAAGGUAUAAACUUUUAAACAGAGUCUCCUUUUUAAAUAACCAGAUAUUUUUAAAAUUUUAAUGGUAUUUUUGUAUUUUUACAGAUGCUCAGAAAGAGAUUCUUUCCUUAGGAGUGUUGUCCUUUUUCCUCUUUGCUUUUUUACAGAGCAUAGCAUUAACAAUUUUGUGGUUAACCCUGAUACCCAUUGAUAUUUGCAAAAUAGUUCUGGAAGUAAUGUGUGAUGCUAUAGAACAGUACGAGACAUUCAGGACUUUUAUUUGGUUUCUUCGAAAUUGGAACUUUAAAAACUUUUUUUCUAUACUUUUGUCCUUUUAAAAAAUAAAAGAUAUAACUUCCCACCUGAUUUCACUUGAAACUUAGGUUUUUACCUACCUUGACAUUUCUAUAAACUGCUUGACAGUGUCUCUCAAAUGUAUCAAUCACACAGCAAAAUAAAACUGUAAAAUUUUUCUUCUGACAGUUGCUGGAGUAUAUUUAUUCUCCUGUUUCCAGGCGGAAAGCUUCAGCCCUGGUUCAUACUUACUACAUUUCAAACAUAUAUUUCUGCGUAUUGCCACUUAGCAAGCACUACAACUUAAUCUUAUCUCAGUGUAACUGCUGUACCGUAAAAAUCAAAGUACACUGAAAUGUCAUUUUAGCGUGCACACUUCUCUGUAUAUUAUGUUUUUGAAAACCUGGAUUUUAUCAAGCAAAUUUUAAAUAGUAUUUCAAGAAUCUUUCUGGCAUCCCUCCUGGCUCAGUUUUCAUCUAGGCAAGUAUAAGACAACACUCAUUAACCUGCGUGGGUAGUAGUUUUGGUCAGUAGACCUCAGGUGUCCAUCACUUUUAGUUCUAAAAUAAGGACAAAUAUCAGCAUUCUGCUUUAUGCAGAAUGUACCUUUGGGAAGGCCCUUUCUGCAGGGUUUGAGAGAGGAAGUGUUUUAAUCUGAAUUCCUCUUUCUUACCUCUGUUUUAAUUGUUUCCAUCCAUGAAGGUGUAGUUAUGCUAGGGAUUGCCUGCAAAAGGAUGCAUGGAAAUUUCAGCAAAAAAGCUAUAGCAAAAUAUUGUUGAUUUUUCCAUUGUGGCUUUGAACUACAAAGAUUCACAGCCUGUUGAACUUUUAAAAGAGGCCAGGGGAGCUGCAAUUUAAUCGAAAACACCAAAAUCUGGAUACUGGACUUCAAGGCAACAGCAGUAGAAUAGGGCAUAUGGAUCUCCAUAUAGCAUAUAUCUUAGUUUUAUUGCAGCUGGAGAAGACUGUUUAAUCGCUCUUUGUAAAUACUUUUGAAGGAGUCUCACCUGUACAAGGCAAUGAGAACCUAAAGAGGAAUUGAGCUUCAUUUCUUUCAUACAGUAAAACAUUGUGCCCAAUACUUACAUCUUGAGGAUUUAACACUAUUAGGAUUUAAAAGAAGCGUUUGGUACUCCACACUCAAGACUAGAAGGAAAUGCCUACACUCUGGCAAGCCCCGCAGUUGUUCUUAUACCUUUUGAUGUUGGACUGUUAACAAUUAAUGUUUGUAUAAUACAGUGAUUUUGUUUUACAAAUAAAGCUGUUGCCUUCA